AUAUUAACCCCCAACCAUUGUUUUCAAGUUAACUUGCCUCUGAAAAGAUGAAUUAAUUUUUUUCGCGCGGUUUCGAUAUAAACGACUUAAUAUAAUCUGACGCAUGCGCAAAGUAAUUACGCGAAACAUCUUCCUGUCCCGGAAUUCGAAGCUGGAGAACAACAGCACGUGUGUUUGUUUUGAUGAAGACUGCGAUAGGUUUUAGCGUGUGACUUGGAACAAAACACACAGCUAUGUUGAGACUUCACAGGGUAAUGAUGUUCCUUUCUAGACGAGGAGGACAGCUUCAGGGGGGAGUCCUCGUAUCACAGCAAUCAACAGAGGCUGCAGAGCCAGGGCUUCCAGUACUUACACUCUAUACUAAAGACAACUGUCAGCUUUGUGAAGAAGCUAAAGAGGCUCUCACACCCCUCAGUCAUAGGUUCCAGCUCGAAGAGGUGGAUAUUACAGAGUCCAGCAAUAAGGAAUGGCUGAAGUACCGCUACGACAUACCAGUAUUUCAUUUUGAUGGAAAGUAUUUGAUGAAACACAGAGUCAACCUGAAGGAUUUUGAACAAACUUUGACAGAUUAUGAAAAUAUCCAUGGCAGAUCCUGAAGAUAAUCUUAUGUGUGCUUAUCAUUUGUUUGUGAUGCUUAUCUUAUAGGGAGAAUACUGAUCUCAAACGUUUCAUUUGAUGGGACUAUUAUAAGGUUUUUAUUCUUAUAUUGUGCAGUAUUUGUUUCAGAACAAAUUGAUGUUAA